GGGCCAGCGACCGGGCCGGGGCCGCGAGUGGGCCUUGCCCGUCAAGCCGUGACCCGGGCGCGGCCGCGGGGGCGCUGCGCUCGGCCUCGGUGGGGCGUCCGUGCGGACGGAGGCCAGGGAGGAGGAGCGCUUGAACCCCGGACCCUGGCUCCGGGGCCAGCCUGCGGUGUCCGCGCCGCGUCAGCCCUCGAGCCGCGGGCUGGACCUCGAGCUGGGACGUGCGGGAGACCCACCCGGGGGACCGGGAGAUGCGGGCUCCUGGCCCGGCUCCCCGAGGGGUGCAGGCCGUGGAGACGCCCGAGAGUCUGCCUUUCUCUCCUCUUCCCACCCCCACACAGCUGAGGGAAGACAGCCCCAGGAUGAACCUCUGACCCCCAGUCCCAGAGUGGGCGCCCCUGGUCCAAGUGACAGUGGCCUGUCAUGGGGGCGCGCGCGGGGCGGUCGCUGCUCACUGCCGGCGGGUCAGUUCCGCUCCUGAGGAGGAAGGUGUCUGCGCACAAGCUUGGCGGGUACCUGGCCUUCAGAGCUUCACUGUGCUUGAUGGGGAAGCGUCCAUUCGGAAGGCAUAAGAAGAGCUCCUCCGUGACCUCCGCCAAGGCCGAGGUGAACGGCGUCCACCUGCACUACCUGCGGACCGGAGACGGAGAGCACACCGUCCUGCUGCUUCCGGGGAUGCUGGUCCAGUGUAGUUUCCUGCAGCCUGAAAGUGAACGUCGCUCAGUCGCGUCUGACUCUGCGACCCCAUGCACUAUACAGUCCAUGGAAUUCUCCAGGCCAGAGUACUGGAGCAGUGGAGAGACGGAUUUUGGACCUCAGAUUGAGAAGCUGAAUAAGAAGCUCUUCACGGUGGUUGCCUGGGACCCCCGAGGAUACGGACACUCCCGCCCCCCUGAUCGGGACUUCCCAGUGGACUUCUUUGAGCGGGAUGCAAAAGAUGCUGUUGAUCUGAUGAAGACGCUGAAGUUUAAGAAGGUCUCUUUGCUGGGGUGGAGCGACGGGGGGAUAACAGCCCUCAUCGCGGCCGCACGGUACCCCUCGUAUGUCAGCAAGAUGGUCAUCUGGGGGGCCAACGCCUACGUGACCGAGCAGGACACAGAGAUUUACCAGGGCAUCCGGGAUGUUUCUAAGUGGAGUGAGAGGACGAGAAAGCCUCUGGAAGCCCUCUAUGGAUUCGACUACUUUGCCAGGACCUGUGAAAAGUGGGUGGAUGGCAUAGAGCAAUUUAAGCAUCUUCCAGACGGGAGCAUCUGUCUGGACCUGCUCCCCCUGGUCCAGUGUCCCACCUUAAUUGUGCACGGCGAGAAGGAUCCCCUGGUCCCACGUUUCCAUGCCGACUUCUUACACAGACAUGUGAGAGGGUCACGGUUCCAUCUGAUGCCGGAAGGCAAGCACAACCUGCACCUACGCUUCGCAGACGAAUUCAACAAGCUGGCGGAAGACUUCCUCCAGUGACCAUGUCCCAGGAUGCGUGGUCUGGCGAGGUCUGGGCGUGCGGGCCCGCCCUCCGCUCAGCUGCCUGCCAGGCUCCCUGUGCUUCCCCCGACUGCUCCUCAUGCAGUACCACUGAGGACAUAGCAUCCUCUUUCAUAGCUGCAGAGCUUGAAUCUGACCUUUUCAUACUGGGGUUUUCUUCCAUUGCCUUAAAUAAAUCCCGUCGUGAUUUACUUUACUUUCAGG